AUGCUCCUACUAGCAGGGCGUCUAACGAUAUUUUGCCGGAAUAUUGUUUCCUCUUCGCCGAUUAGUCUCCAUUAUCGCUAUGCAUAUUCAUCAUCCAACUCCCUCGAGAACGAUUUGGGUGAAUCUGCAUCGGCUUCGUCUCAACUUUCCGGUCUUAAAGCGACUAAUUCCUAUGAAGGGCCACUUCAUACGCCUAUUUUGAUCCCUUCUAUUUCCUCAACUGCCUCUGUCUUCCUCUCCUCUCAACCCAGAGCACCCCGGCAGGCUUGGAUUGAAACGCUUAAAUUGUAUAAUGGUGAUAAGGAAAAUUCUAAAGCUAAACCCCUUGACCAUAACCUACCUCUUGGACUUGUUGACCUCAGUCCUGAGGUGUUCGCCACUUUUCCGCGGCUCGAUCUAGUCCACAAAAACCUCUACUGGCAGGCUCAUUACCGGAUAGUGGAUUGGCGCUGUAUAACUCGUCGUUCUGAGAUGACCUACCGUAGUCAGCGCAAACCAUGGCCGCAGAAGGGCACUGGCCGAGCUCGGCAUGGAAACCGGCGUACACAUUUAUGGCAUGGAGGAAGUCAAUGUAAAGGGCCUCGGGGACCUACAGCGUUCUUCUCUGUCCUUCCCAGACACGUGCGUCUGGCUGGUCUUAUAUCUAUGCUAACUGUGAAGCAUGCUCAGGAAGAAGCCUAUACUCUAUUUGCUCAUGCCAACGCCUCGCGCAAAGCUGCAUUUGCGAAAUCUGGUUUAAACCAUUUGGAUAACAAAGAUAUGCUGGAGACAUUGAAGAUCGCCGAGCAGCAGGCUCGAUUCAUAGAGGUAUCGAAUGCUUCGGCUCUAUACUUGAGAGAACUUAUAAGCGCCAGGAACUGGGGCUCUUCUGUACUUUUUAUAACAGAGUGA